CAGUUCGUUCUGCAUGGUCGUCCCAGCAUAUGGUCAUAGCAUCGACCAUGGGUAUGAUGAGAUCCACAUUCCACUCAGUGUAAGGAAUUCUCCCUCUGCCCCACGAUCCAUAGUUUCGACAAAACGCGGCAAUCUGGUCUAUGCUAAGUCAGAUUGUGAUGUCUCCUGAAAAUCCAGGGGUUGGCAUUGAACCCAUGUUGGGAGACAGAGUGUUGGGUGUAUCAAGCUUGAUUGUUAAAGGUCUCUGUCUACUAUUAGAUCAAGACUCUGGAACCAUCAGUGACGGCUUUUUCAUUGGAGUCAUAUGGAUCGGAGCUAGUGGUGUUGAUCCGCACAUCAUUUUUGUCAUCUUCGGUCAAACCCCUCCGAUUCGCCAAGACAGCAAAGGCUUGAAAUAUACCCGAUCAGUAUAAAAGUUGCCACCCAGUCUCUCCCCAGUUCUGAACAAUAUAUCAGAAAAUACUCAAUCAAAUUAAUCGGAAUGUCUGUUGUUGCCAUCGCAGGAGGAACAUCCAUUGGCCUCGGCCGCUCCAUCGUCCAAGCAAUCCUACACACCUAUCCAAAUGGAGAAUGGACUCCGCUUAUUUUGUCUCGCUCACAAAAGCAACCGGCUUGGUUUUCCACUCUCCAUAAGAAGCCAGAGAUUAAAGCAGUCGACUACAAAGACUCUUCAUCUCUGAUCUCCGCACUCGAGGGUGUACAUACCGUCAUCUCCGUGAUCCUCGCAGUUGACGGAACUCACGCAUCGAGUCAAAUCGCCUUGUUAGAUGCAGCAGUUCAAGCUGGAUGCAAACGAUUUGUACCUAGUGAGUGGGCGUGCGGACCAAAAGGGGUCUUGAAAGUAGACUUACUUGCUUCUGCAAAAACUCCUGUUUGGGAAGCAUGCGAAAAGAGUGGGAUCGAAUGGUCGCGUUUUAAUGUUGGUGCUUUCAUGAAUUAUUUCGGCAUUGGGUGUGGUGAGAAUGAGGAAGAAGCUUGUGCGGGGGUGGAUCGCGAAGGCGAUAUGCCCGAUGGUUCUGGGUCAUUUCUCAUUUCGAUGGGUUCUGGUACGGUGGAAUUGUUGAUCAAAGAUGAUGGGACGACUCCGAGGAUUACGAUGACGGAGAUUGGUGAUGUAGGAAGAUUUGUGGCAAGGGCUUUGGGAUUGGAGAAGUGGGAAAGGAAUAUGGACAUCGCUGGGGACACAGUGACGCUUCAAGAGGUGGUUGAGAUUGCGGAACGAUUGACGGGGAGGAAGUUUGACGUAAAAAGGCUUGGAAAGAAGGAAUUGGAGCAACAGGUCGAGACGCUAAGGAGUGGAAAUGAUCUUUUGAAGGCAAUGUGGGUUCAGUUGAAGCUCAUGAUGUUGGACGAUGAAAUCGGAUCUGCGGUCUUGAACCCUGUGGUCAAUGAAAUGUGUUCAGGCGUGCAAGCAGUGAGCGUGGAAAAGUACUUGACAAAGUAUUGGGAUGGGAGCAAGACGUAAUUAAAGUUCUUCUCCGAUCUGUGUGUAUUUAAAAUGC